AUGGGAGGCACUAGCGUUGGAGGCGCUAGAGCUCGAGUGGCGCUGCUGGAGCUGGAGGCUCUGCCGCAGGAGGCGCCGGCGCUGGAGGCACUAGAGUUGGAGGCUCUGGAGCAGGAGACGCUGGAGCUCGAGGUACCGGAGGAGCUAGAGCUGCUGGUCCUGGAGGUGCUCGUACUGGAGGUACUGGAGCUGCCAGGACUGGUGGUGGUGCUGCUGGAGCUGGAGGUGCUGGCGCUGCUGGUCCCGGAGGUGCUCGUCCUGGAGGUACUGGAGCUGCCGGAGCUGGUGGUGCUACAGGCACUGGCGCUGGAGGUGCUGGCGCUGGAGGCACUGGAGCUGGAGGCACAGCAGCUGGAGGCACUGGUGCUGGAGGUGCCGGUGUUGGAGGCGCUGGAGCUAGAGGUGUUGGUGCUGGAGGAGCUGGAGCUGGUGGUACUGCACAGCGGCGACUACUCACUUACAGAGCGUCGUGAGCCUGCGUCUCGUCCUGCCUCACCUGUUUGCGCUGUUCGUACUAGCUGCCGUGUUCCUCGUCCGCGUCCUCCUCCUGUCCCUGGCACUCACACUAUGACACUUCGUCCUUCCUCUGUUCCACAGCGUGUUCCCCUGCCGUCUCCUCCUGCGUCCUCUCUUCCGCACGUUCCGGACCCGCCGUCCGACCUAGUUCGUGCUGCCAGCCCUACUGUCACGCGUCUCCUAGCCACUGUUGUCACUGACCCUUCGUUUGAGUCCACUGCUGCGUCUACCUUAGUCGCUGAGCUUGUUGACUUUGCUACAGCUUGUCGUCUUGACUAUGCCGCUAGUCUUAUUGCUGAGUCUGUGUCUGUCUGUCCUCCGUCCGUCGGGGGUGAGUGUGUUCUUGGCACGGACGUCCUUGAGGACAGGCAGGAGGACUUUGAGUGUCUUGCAGCUGCUGUACCUCAUCUCGUGGCCAUGCUGCUUGCCCCUGAGGGAGACCCAGAUGCACUAGACAUCCCGAACCCGCGCUCUUACGCAGAGGCGAUUUCGGGUCCCUACUCCUCUAAGUGGCAGACAGCCAUGGACGCAGAGAUGGCAUCGUUGAAUUUCACAGGCACUUACGUCGACGCAGUUCCCCCUCCUAGGGCGAACAUAGUCGAUGGCAUGUGGAUUUUCAGGGUGAAGCGGCCGCCGGGUUCUCCGCCUGUCUUCAAGGCUCGUUACGUUGCACGAGGCUUCAGUCAGCGAGAGGGAGUUGACUUCUUCCAGACCUACCCCGAAGAUGACCACUCUUCGGGUGCUGCUGCACGUUGCCGCUCAACGUGA